AAAAAGAUAAGAGAAGGAGUAGAGUCGCGGGGGAACCAACUCACCAGCUUCUCUUCGCACUUCGCUGGCUCCUCUCCCAUGGCGACCUCCACCUCCCUCCUCCCCCUUCUCCUCCCCGGCCCCGGUUCCCACCGGCUCCUCCACCUUUCCCCGUCCGCCUCCCCACGCCACCUGCGCCCCUCGCCUCCAAUUCGCCUCCUCCGCGCCGCCCGCCGCCGCCACCCCGACGCCGUCGUCGUGGUCCCGGACGCCCGCCCCUGGGUCGGCGACCUCUCGGGCGCCGCCUCCUAUCGGGACGGCAGCGAGGAGGACGAAGACGACGCCGAGGAGGACGAUGACGAGGAAGAGGACCGCAGCCUGGACCUCCUGGUGCGGUUCUUGCACUCCGUCUUCAGGAAGGCCUCCCGCCGCGCGCGCCGCGCUGCCAGGACCGUGCUGCCGCCUUCCGUCCCAGCCGAGCUGGUGAAGUUCUCGGUCAAUGGCGUGCUGGUUCUGACGUUCCUGUGGAUCCUAAAGGGGCUUCUUGAGGUGGUCUGCACAUUUGGGAGCAUGGUGUUUGCAAGCACCCUUCUUGUUCGAGGAAUAUGGUCCGGAGUGACUUACAUCAGAGAAAACCGGUACAGCUAUAUCCACCAGAUCGAUAAGGAUGACAACCGAUGGAGCCGAGUACAAACUGCUGGUUGAUGAUUUGCUUUCCUUCUCUAUGAGAACACUCCUUGCAUCGAAGGGCUCGUGAAUAAAUAAACGCAAGCUCAUAGUCGUAAUAACAUGCUCCCGGUUCAGUCCCGACUGCCGGUGAUUUUUGUUGCUCUACAGCACAGCUGAACGAGAAUGAAAAGGAACACAUACACAUGUACUUGCAGAAAUAAGUGGUUGCUUUCCACCUGGGCGCAUGCAGGAUUGAUGGUUGAGCUGAUCAGAGUUCGUAUGCGCGGAAGAAUGUUAGCAGCUCUGAAUACUGAUCAGAUGGGUUUUCUGGUGGGCCUUGUAUGUAUGACUCCAUACUAGCCAGUGUAGGAGAGCUCAUGCUUCUUGUAUGUGCAGUGCAGAAUGCUCGUUUGGUUUAGAGUGCAGGGCACUUCGAUUUUGUUUGAACUCAGAGUUCAUGCUUGUUGUAUGUGCAGUGCAGAAUGCUCGUUUGGUUUAGUUUAUCUUCAACAGAUAUUUUAAAAAUCUAUCCUCUGUAUCCUCUAAUAUUAUUACAUCAUCCUCUAUUCUUUUUAUCUUCAA